AUGGAGCUGGACCGGCGGCUGUUGAUGGCUCACUGUGCCGCUCACGCCCUCUCCAUGGCGGCGGGAUUGCUGGUGGUCGUCCCCAUGGCUCUCAAUGGGUCGGCGUUUAAAGGCCGCUGUGCGCUUUUCUCCGGCGGUUACUGGACUAAAGAAGGACCGGGUGAGGGGGACGCCGGAGGCGUCGUGGCUCGUCUAGUGGUGCAGGAGUGGGGGCCGCCGGCGGCCUGCCAGUUCGCCACUUUCGUCGGCAUUUUCACAGUGCUGUAUGGAGCUGCACAGGGCUGGAGGUGCCUCUUCUACCUCCACGGUCGACAUGACGACACUUUGUUUUCGUCCUUCCUGACGGUGCUGCUGAGCGUGUGUAUGCUCUUCCUGUCGGGCGGCGCCAGCGUCAUCUUGUCUUUGGGUCUAGCCUCCUGGUGCGACACAGUGACCGACAACAAUACACAAUCAUUCAGCUGUGCCGCGUCACAGUCAGUUCCGCUUUAUUUGGAUGUGGACACCUCAUCCUUCUACACAGAACUUAGUCUGGCGCAGGCGUCUCUGUGGUUUGUGACGCUCUUGUGGUUGCUCCAAUCCAUGCUGGCCUUCAUGCGCCUCUACCACUCGCACAACGCGCCGUGCCUCUUGCGGGAAAAGGAGCUUCUUCUGAGGGACGCUCUGUCUGAAGGCUCCGCAUCCACCCCGCCAUUUUCAGAAACUCCAACUAUAAUGGUCUAA